UUCGGUUUUCCCAAUGAAAAAAAAGUCAGAAAAGAAAGGAUUGAGUUUUGACGAUGAGAACAUGCUCAUCGUUGUGUCUGAUCUAUUCAUCGCUGGGUCAGAAACGACCGCAAGAACUCUCCAGUGGGGAUUGCUCUACAUGAUGGCCUAUCCAGAGAUCCAAGAGAAAUGCCAGCAGGAAAUGGAUGCUGUUCUUGGGAACAAUGCAUGCUUGAAAUAUGAAGAUCGGGAAAGGUUGCCUUACACAAACGCCGUCAUUCAUGAAAUCCUCCGUUUUUCAAGUGUGGUGCCCUUGGGGGUAGAACAUGCCCCAAUCAAAGACAUGAUGCUUUCUCGAUAUAUAAUUCCCAAGGGAACUGCAAUGAUGAUUAAUCUUCACUCUAUCCAUCAUGAUGAGUCCCUCUGGAAGUCCCCAAAUAAAUUUGACCCUUCUCACUUUCUGAAUGAAGAGGGAGAGUUUGUGAAGCCAGAAGCCUUUUUAGCUUUUUCAGCAGGCCCAAGGGUUUGCUUAGGGGAGAAUCUGGCUCGGAUGGAGUUGUUCCUGUUCUUCACCAGCAUGCUGAGAAACUUCCAGGUCUCCUGGCCGGAUGAGUCAAGCGCGCCGGACUGCACACCCCAGUUUCACGGCGUCCUGGCUCCAUUGCCUUUUAAGGUGUCACUGAAGCAGCGCCAGCAAAAAUGAAUCGAGCAGGACGCCCUUAUCCAGAUGGAAGUGUUUCCAAGCCCCCACCCCACCAAUGCUGAUAAACACAGAUUAUAGAGAACACCAUUUUAAUAGCAGUCUCUGUGCAUAGCAUGGCCUCUGGCUGCCUCUAGUGGCUAGUUUUUGUAACUUCAUCUUUAGAAAUAUAGAUUUCUAGGGUUUUUCUUUUAAGAUUUUUAAGAUUUUCAAACCGUGAAGAAGUGAAUUAGUGAAUCCUGAUCCCGUGGAUAUGGGAGUUCUACUGUACACCUAGAAGAGAUCCAAAUCUUGUUCUCGAUCGAUCAGAGUUUAAGAACAUUAUAUAACAAUAAAUAAAGAAGAUCAGAAUUCGAGAAUAAAUAAAUGUAAAUAAAAUUCUCUAAUAAAAGAAGGAGGUGUUGGCAUAUAAAUAUCAAGCACAAAGUAGCAGUUAUUUUUGGAAUCCUAAGGUGGAAGAGGUCGAUCAGAUGAAUGUCAACUGAGCCACUGGUCAACAUUAUGCUGGAUUUUAUAUAUUGCCGCUGAAAAUAACAUACUUCUGUGUUUUUUCAAAUUUUGUACACUUUGCAAAGGCCCUUUGAAGCUCAGAAAGGAAAGGGAGGAUGAUGGUUUCCUGAGAUCUUGGGGAACACACACUUAGCCUUGAAUCCUGGAAGGCCCAACUUCAAGUUGACUUCAAUCAACUACUUGAUUAGUUAGUUGCUGUUUCUGUAAUUUUUUCUUGUAACGGUCCAAUUGUACUU